AUGUUUGGGCACUACGAUUAUUUCCCACGGGUUCGGGAACUUCCUCCACAGCUGGCCAACCGUCUCAACCACCCAGAGCGACUCGUGCCGAUCAGAUUUGAGUUCGAUGUGGAGCAUCAUAAGAUGCACAAGACCUUUGUAUGGAAUCUAAAUAAUCCUGUCAUCAUUCCUGAGCAUUUUGCGCAGACGCUUGUCGAAGAUUAUACGCUACCCACCAUGUUGACGGCGACUGGAAAAGAAUUACAGGACAUGCGGAGGCACACCAACGGAAGUCACUUGACUGCGCCGAAUACCACGAACCUUCCAGGUGUCCUAGGCGAAUCAGAAAUCAUGGGGUCGAAUCACGUCCUCCAUGUUCUAACUCGUCGUGGUGUAGGGCACUACAUCGAUGGUAAGAGAAUGUAG